AGAUUUGGUGAGGCUGGAAGCGCCUUCUGAGCGCUCAGCGGCAAUAUCUGCGUUGCUUCAUCACAAGAAGCGGAUGUUCCGAUGAGGCUCCGCGGUUGGAAUAAAGUUUCCACUGCCUAGAUCGCAGUGGCUGGGGAAACGGAUUGGGAGCUGGAUGUAUGCUGUUUUAUCUGCAAACCGUUCCAUAGAAACAAAAACUUGUCGCCAAAGAGAGCUCACCGGUCUGUUUGGAUUCCUCACUGGACCUUUUCAGACAUUUUGAUUCUAUAGAUGGAAGAAGGUUUGGAGUCCCUUUACCCAUUGGGAAUUUCGAUUGAGCAUAGGUGGAAAAUGGAUAGAAAAACAUCAGAAUGUGAGGGAACAGCCGUAGGCCCUCUCCUUCCGAGGGAGACCAGUCUGAACAUUUGGGAAACACCCAAACAGAAGAUCCCAGAUGAAGAAAAAAUAAGCACUGACAUCCAGCGACAAAUGUUUAGAGAGUUCUGCUACCAGGAGAUUAAGGGCCCCCGAGAAAUAUGCAGCCACCUUCAUUAUCUUUGUUCCCAGUGGCUGCAGCCAGAGAGAAAUUCAAAGUCUCGGAUACUGGACAUGGUGAUCCUGGAGCAACUCUUAUCUAUCCUGCCCCCAGAGAUCAAGAACUGGGUCAAGGAAUGUGGAGUGGAGACUAGUUCUCAGGCAGUAGCUCUGGCAGAAAGCUUUCUUCUGAGCCAAUUGGAGGAGAAGAAGCAGGAAGAGACAAAGUUGCAAGCGAAGACGUCCUGUCUUAAUUUGGUCACUGAAUGCUGUGAAGGAAGUGGGAAUCUGUUCAUACCUUCUAGGGAUCCAUUCUUAGGAGACGUCUCCCAAAAGGAUCCAGUUCGGGACAGACCACCAGAGAACAAAACAAUGAAUCCGCUCUCACUAGGAAAUCAAGCAUCUCUUGCUGAUGGAGUGGAAACAAGGACUAUCCUUCCAGCUCAGGAUUCCAUAUCCUUCAAGGAGGUGGCCAUCUAUUUCACCAAGGAGGAGUGGGCUCUGCUAGACCCUGAUCAGAAAGCUCUGCAUGAAGAAAUCAUGUUGGAGACUUGUAGGAAUGUGGCUUUUCUGAGUAACGAGCGGAAGAACAAACAGGAAACAGAGACAGAGCCAUUGCGAGUCAUCAAGGUUGAAGUGGGAGAAGGGACAUUUCAGGAUCAGUGUCCCUCAAAAAAUCCAGAGGAAAUUCAAGUAAACAUUCGGAGGCAUAAAAAUACCCAUUCGUGUCCUAAAAUCUAUGACUUCCCGACCCCCAAAGAUAUUAAAACAGAGAGAAGGCGACAGUGUUUAGAUUUUCAGAAAAUAUUUGAAGAUCAAUCCGAUUUAAGCGAACAAUGCGAAUGGAAAGAUGAUGGGGGAAAGUACAGGAGGUUUUGCUCUUUUACUUUGCAUCAACAAGAUUACCUGGGAAAGAAACCAUUUAAAUGCAAAGUAUGCAGGAAAAGCUUCAGCAAGUACAGUAAAAUUAUUGCACACGAAAGAAUCCACACAGGGGAGAAGCCAUUUAAAUGCAUGGAAUGUGGUAAGAGCUUUACGCAGAGUAGUCACCUUACUUCCCAUAAAAGGAUCCACACAGGAGAGAAGCCUUAUAAAUGCUUGCAAUGUGGAAAGAGCUUUACUCAAAAUAGUCACCUUACUUACCACAAACGGCUUCACUCGGGGGAGAAACCGUAUAAAUGCACCGAGUGUGGAAAGAGCUUUGCUGAUUCUAGUUCCCUUCUUGUGCACAAAAGGAUCCACACCGGGGAGAAACCUUACAAAUGCACGGAAUGUGGCAAGAACUUCACCUUGAGUAGUCACCUUACUUCCCAUAAAAGAAUCCACACAGGAGAGAAACCAUUUCAGUGCACGGAAUGUGGAAAGAGCUUCAGUACGAAAAGUUCUCUUAAAUUUCAUAAAAAGAUCCAUACAGGAGAAAGACCGUAUGUAUGCGUGGAAUGUGGAAAGAGCUUCAAGCGGAUCGCUGAUCUAACUCGACAUGACAGAACACAUAGAAAAGAAGUUCCGUACAAGUCUACCAGGUGUGGUAAAAGCUUCCAUAACAGCCGACGCCUUACGUCGCGUGAAAGAAUAGAAGAGCCAUUUGAAUAUAGACAGUCUGGGGACGAGCUUCCCAUUGAUUAUGUUGACUAAUUACUAAUAAACGAGAAUAUAUUUUAAAAUUUUAAUAAUUAAUAAAGGAAACUAAUAAGCAGUGAAGUGUGACAGCUCUUAGCAGCCACAUGCUUGGAUUUUCUCCGUUCAAGUCUGUCCUGAGGUAUGGAUGUUAAUCACCACAAAGAAUUCAUACAAAGGAAAUGCUGUAUAAAUUCACUGAAUAUGAGGGGGAAAUUCAGUGAAAAUAUGUCUCUCUUUUUUUCUUUUUACAAUCCUGU